GAUGUGUGUUGUCUGAACUACUAAAUGGCUUAUUAAUGAUCUGUUAAUUGUUCACUGUUUCAUCAAGUAGGCACCAUUCGUCAAUUUUGAGCUGCCAUAGCUUUAUGCGACAGGGAAGCGGCAGAGCUACGUGAUGUCAGGCAGUUAUUGUUGUUGUCCUAUGGCACAUUCCAUGAGACCCUGAUGACUCUUUAUGUGAAAAAAAAAAGGAACAGCUUUGAUAUUGAAGCUGAGCAAUUGACGGUUAAGGGCCUUGCCCAGGGACCCAGGAGUGACAGCUUGGAAUCUAACACUGUUGAAUCCCCAGUAGCUUCCAAGAUGAAUGGAUUUGUUUAAUCAACGAUGACAGGCUAUGUUCUAUAAUUAGCCUUCAAAAGCCAUGCAGGACAGUGCAGAUCUUGAGGCCCAACUAGCCUCUAAGGAGAGGGAAUGGAAAGAGCUCCAGGCCUUGCGUAUUCAACAGCUGGAGACUGCACUGUCUGAGGCCACCAGUGAGCUUUCCACCCAGAGAGAACGCUUCCUUCGUUUGCGGGAUGAUUUUCAGUAUAACUUGCGUGUGCUGGAGGAGCGGGACCGAGAACUGGAGCGCUACGAUGCGAUGGCUGUCCAUGUCCAUACGGAAGAGAGUGUCCGGCAAGCAGAGCUCAGUGAGCUGAGGAUCCAGCUAGCCAAACUGCAGGAUGCCAUGGGAGAGGCAAAUAGGCAAAAAGAAGAUUUGCAGGCUCAGUAUCAGAAGAGAGGCGUAGAGCACCGGCUACAGCUGGAGAGAGUGUACAGUGUGAAGGAGGAUGAGAUUCAGACACUCAGAGAAGAGAAUGAGACUCUGAGACGGGAUCUCCAACGACGAAUCCAGGCAUCAGAUGGGGAGCUGGCACUGCAAAAACAGGAAAUGUUGGCAGACUUCGACAGCGAGAUGCGGAAACGGGAACACGAGUUCAACAUGAAACUGGAUGAGAUGCGUAACGUUGUGUUGUCUCACGAGCUCAAGAUACAGCUUCUGAAUAAAGAGGUGGAUCUCCAUGCCAAAGGCCACGACGAGGCUGUCGAGGCACUGCAGUUGUCUGAGCAACUCUGUCAACAAGCACAGAAAGAAAUCCUGAACAGAGACUGGGAUCUCAAGACUACAUCUGCAGUCAAAGACUCAAGGAUAAAGGAGCUUGAGGAAAAAGUGACCCAAAUGAAGGCUAAACAUAAAAAAGAAGAAGAAGUCAGCAACAGAAAGCAUGCAGAGUUGGAACAUGUGGCUCGGGAGAAAGAAACCGCUCUGGAGACCAUGAAGGAGGUGCAUGUAUCUGAAAUGCACGAGGAGAAAAAGAAAGCCAUACAGCUUCAGAUGCAGCUAGACAGCCUGAUCCUGGAGCAGGAGAAGAGAGAGAAAAGACAUGCAGAUAAGAUGUCACAAAAAGAGCAGCAGAUCCAGGAGCUCCGUGCACAGCUGGAAAAGACGCAGGCCAGUUGGGAUGCUUACGUCACCCAGGUCUCUAAAGAAACUGUUGGCAAGGACACAGAGCUUCUAUCUGCAGGGGACAGAGAGGCCAAACUCAGAGCAGAGCUACAGAAAUGUAAAGAGGACUCUGAGAGGCAUAAGCAGCAGUUGGCCAGUGCCAUUCAGAGGGAACAGGCUCUGGAGCAGAAGUGUGUCCAGUUGGAGCUGGACUGGGAGCGACGCUGUGAGGAAGUACGUGCUGAACACUACCUCAAGAGUGAGGAGCUUAUCCAUGGGCUGACACAGUCCAGAGACAAGGUAAAUGCUGAAUUGAAGGAGAAGGAGCGAGAGCUGCAGGAAAUAGUUGCUUUGCUAAAGAGCGUUACCAUAGAGAGAGACGAGGCUCUGCAUGGAUUUACCUCAAAAACAGCUUCUCAGGUAGCUGGAAUGGAAAGUAGCAGCUUUCCUUCAGAGGAGAUCCGUCGGCUUCAGCAGCAGAACAGCAGCCUACGGGAGGUGGUAACUGAGAUGAGGAGACAGAUGGAGACUCUCAGCACAGAAGUGCCUUUAACUCAGAACUCCAUGACAGUUCAGAACAGUGACCCUAUACCCUCCUCUACUGCUGGAACUACAGAAUACAACCAGGCACUAGAAAUGGAACUACAAAACCUGAAGGCUAAAUGUAGAGGCCUUGAAGAUCAGUUAGAAGAAGCCUCUAAGACAACUAUUCGCAAUCCCAGUUCUUCAAAUGUGCUUCCUGUUUCCCCUGAUAAUGCGUACCUUCAAAACCACAUCAGAUCUCUCAACGAAACUAUAGGUGGGCUGCGAGCUGACAAAGUAGCCAGCACUGCUACACUAAAGAAACAGGAAGUGAGGCUUGCCCAUUUGGAAUCACUGGUGAAUCAACUCACACAGCAGUGUCACUCCAAACAACUUGAGAAUGAAGCAUUUCGGUUAGAUCUGGCAAAUCAAAAAAGAGAUGCAGCAACUGAAGAGGCAAGCUUGAAGCAAAGGUUGACUGCUGCAGAGAUGCAGCUAGAGGAGGUGAAGAGAGAGGCAGAGGAGUACCAAAAAGGAAGCGUUCUUCAUAAUCUGGAAACAGUUGCAUUAGGCAAUCAGGUCUCUGCACUGAAACUGGACAUUGCAAGCAGGAGAGAGCCCAUCAUACUAACACAGAGCGAGAUGGUGAAGCAGCUUCAGGAGGAGAAUAUCAGUCUGAGGCAGCAGCUGUUGUUACAUAAUACUGGCACAGGAAGUAAGCCUAGCAAUUCCCUUCUGCUCCAAACCAAGCUCAAACAGGCAGCUCGUUUAAUAUCUCGCCUCAGCCAGGACAAACAGCAGCUCAUUGAGAUGGGCAACAGACUCCGAGCUCAGCUGAUAGAGUCAGGAAUCGAUGAUUUGCAACAUUCUGCAUCAAGAUCCAAACCUAGCCUUUGUGAGACAGAACCCUCUAAAGAUGAGACUGAUGCCCAGCCACAUAAUCGUUUUUAUGCCUUGGAACAACUUCAGUACAAGCUUACUACUCAGGAACUGCAAUUUGCCCAGAGAGAUCUUAAUAACAGAAAUCCCAUUGUAAUUUAUCCUCUCUCUGGGAGUGGGAGUGGGGCCAGUGACGCCAACCCAUGGGAACAGCCAACAAGAGUUAUAGUCCAGCGUUCAGUUCGUAAAGAAAACAUUCCCCCUGUUCACUCUAAUUCCAAGAGCCCAGUGCAGCAUCAGGUCGGCUCUCCCCAAACCCUGCCGUCCUCCAUGUGUACUGAUGAAUCUCUACAGGAUGUGUGGAAGAUGCUGGAUCAUGGCUUAAGUCCUACAGUGCUCACUUCGAGUAACAGUGAGGACCAAGAUACUGUUCCUGUGUCAGCCAGAGCAGAGGAAAAUAGAAAUACACCACAUCCCGGAUUACCAGUUCAAGUUCAGGGCUUGAAAGCAGUGAUCCAGGAGAGAAACAAAAAAGCCAGAACUACAUCUGAACCUGGUAAAAAGGCAAAGCCAGCUGGAAAGGCAGUCAAGAUUCGAAAUUACAACAUUAAAGACUGAAACUAUGCAGGUACAAAAUGUGCCAUCCGAGCAAGAUUUUGAAACUAUUUAACAAACCCGGAUGUUGUGUUUUAUGAAUCGUGAGUUCAAAUAUGUGAAAUAUUUGUUACCUUUACUGAACUCUAAACUCUGCGGGUUCCUUGUAAAAUGUACCUUGUAAAUGACUUGUCAGCUCUGUCAUUGAAAAUAAAAAAUGUUUUUGUAAUAAUAAAAUAUUUUUAUACUCAAUAACUCAA